CUUUCCCAACAAACAAACAAACAAACAAACCAAUGAAACAAAGAAUCUAAAGUACACAAACAAAAAACACUUGCCACAUUUCCACCAUCACCAGGCAACAAAAUGCACUUUCAACCACCAACAACCACCACUUCCGCCACCACAACUACCAACAACAACAACACUUGCCGCAUCACUUUUUCAACACCAUUUAUCCUCCUUACAACCAUCAUAUUCUCACUUCUCCUUAUACUUUCCCUUUCCUUUUCCUCCCCCACCCCUCCCCCACCCCACCCCCACCCUUCCCUUUUCCCCACUUUCCACAACUACCCAAAUGACCAAAAUACCCCUUCCAUCGCUUACCUCAUUUCUGGAUCCUCAAAGGACUCUUCAAGAAUACUCCGUUUACUCUUCUCCAUUUACCAUCCAAGAAAUCAGUAUUUAAUUCAUCUUGAUAGAAAAGCUACUCCAAGAGAACGUGAUGAUCUGGCGCGUGCUGUACAAUCUGUGCCUGUUUUUAAGGCUGCCCAAAAUGUUAAUGUUGUCGGAAAAGCGGAUUUCAGGUAUUCAAUUGGGAGUUCUGGAUUGUCUGCCACACUACAUGGUGCUUCUAUUCUUUUGAGGAUUUCGAGUUCUUGGGAUUGGUUUGUUAAUCUAUCGGCUGAUGAUUAUCCACUUGUUACCCAAGAUGAUCUUCUACACAUUUUAUCAUAUCUACCCAAGGAUCUUAAUUUUGUCAACCACUCGAGCUACAUUGGUUGGAGAGAGUCAAAGAAAUUGAAACCAAUAGUUGUGGAUCCAGGGCUCUAUCUUGCAGAGGAAAGUGAAGUAUAUUAUGCCACUCAAAAACGGGAACUGCCAGAUGCUUAUCGAUUAUUCACAGGGUCAUCAUCUGCUAUUUUGAGUCGGAAGUUUACCGAGUUCUGCAUCUUAGGCUCGGAUAACCUCCCUAGAACUCUGCUAAUGUACUUGUCAAACUCACCAUCCUCGGAAUCCGUUUAUUUCCCGACCAUUUUGUGCAAUUCGCGAAAAUUCAAUGCGACGACAAUCAACCACAACAUGCAGUAUGCUUCUUUUAACUCCAGAUCACAAGCUCGCCGGCUCAACUCAAGUGACUUCAAUGACCUGGUGAUGAGUGGAGCAGCAUUUGCCUCGCCAUUUAAGGCAGACGAUCCGGUUCUUGAUAAGAUCGACCAUGAACUUCUCCACCGCAAUCGUGACGAACCAGUGCCAGGUGGAUGGUGUUUAGGUGACACCGAAACUAACAAAUGUUCCGUUUGGGGAGACGCUGAAAUCAUAAGACCAGGUUCAGGAGCAAAGAGGCUUGAAAAACAUUUUCUUGAGCUUUUCACUAAUGGAUCAUAUUUGUCUGAUCAAUGUCAAUAUGAGAAGAGCUCCUCCAGAUGAUAACAUAGCAAAAUAGACAGAAGAUAUGACACGAUUGAGCUACUCGUCGAACCACUUGAAAUCUGUAAUUUUAAUGUAAGCUAGUCAAUUCUUUCAUUGGAAGCCUAUUGUUGUACGUCUUUUUGAGAGUAAAAUUUAUAUAUUGAAUUGGGCAAGCCCUGUUGUGGAAUCAUCUCCCGCGAAUCCUUACACCUUAAUGAAAUCGUUUACAUUGCAA